AUUUUGAUACCUAGAACGUCAAAAUCGGUUAACAAGAAGUGCUUUUUUCCCCAAAAUGAAUAUGAACAGGCACUCGCAGUGUCUGCUGAAAAAAUGCAGGCUUUGUGGAUCGGAUAACCCUUCAUCAUGGAAACAUAGAAAACCUCAGAAGAAGGAGUCACUGUCAAAAGUGAUCAAUGAAGCUUUGGGGAUUGACAUUGGAGCCGACAUUGAAUGUAAAAGAAAUUCAUAAUAAAUGUUUGACUUUGUUUGUUUUUCAUGUGGAAAUCAAGUUCUUAAUAAAACAAGUAAAAAGAAGACCCUGGCAGAUUUUGAGAGCGAAGCACGUGAAGCUGGACUUUUGACCUGGUGUGCUGGUGAACAGCUCCAGAUUAUCAAGUUGACUGAUACAGGUGAAAUGCUUAUACAUCUGAACAUAUCAAGCGAUUUCAGUCGGAAGUUGUCUGUUGCAGGUAUUGAUCCUUCCUACAUGCUGCAUAACGUUGAUGUCAAGGACAUAAAACAAGUGAAAGAAUUGUUUGAAAAAAACAUUUGUAUAGGAAAUAAUGAUUUCCAGGAUGUCACUGAGCAUAAAAAAGGACCAGAGGGUCAGAUCCCGAUUAGAGUAUCCAAAAAUAACACAUACUCAUCAACUUUUAAGACAAUUCGAGACAACCAGUGUCUUCUUUUCGUGUCAGAAGGAAUUCAACGUUGCAAACAUGUGCAAAAUCAUAAGGCCAAACGUAAGUACUAUACGAGCCAAUCAAAACAAAGCUACAACUACUAUUCUACCUUCAUCAACCAUCCCAAAUCGAUAUUUAAGUCAUUCGCAGCUACUAAAUAAAUUGUCUGCGCAACAAGCUGACAGAGUUCAUUUGAAAAGAAAAAUUGAGUCUCUUCAAGAUAGAAUAACUGAAAUGCAUAAUAAGGAAAGUCAGGUUUUGCAUCACGAAUAGUCAAAAAGCAUGGAGGAAACCUUGGCGAUACAUGCUGAUGAUUUUACGAACUCGCUCCCUCCAGGCUCUUAUUUGACCAGCAGCCUGAGAGUCUAAAGAUAAAUAAACAGAUGAGAUGGCAUCCCACAAUUAUCAGAUGGUGUAUAGCGCUACAAACAAGAUCUGCUUCUAAUUAUGACUUUUUAAGAUCCACUGGGUUUUUGAAAUUGCAACAUCCAAGCACCCUCCAUAAAUAUUCACACUUUGCAGAUCCGGAUGCCGGUUUUUCUGCAGAUAUGUUGGAGAGGAUUGUUAGCGACAUAGGCCUACAUAAGGAUGGAGCGCAGCUUAAAAGGGAUGUAUGUGUACUGUUCGACGAGAUGAAGAUAAAAUCGGGUCUGUAUUAUUCGAUUCGUACAGGAAUGA